AUGGAUGUCAAUAUCUGGUACAAGGCCGGAGAUAUCGCGUGGAUGCUCUCAGCCACUGCUUUAGUAUUGUUAAUGAUUCCAGGCGUUGGCUUCUUCUAUUCAGGUCUCGCCCGUCGCAAAUCAGCCCUAUCGCUUAUAUGGCUUUCUGUAAUGAGCGCCGCAGUAACAACCUUUCAAUGGUUCUUCUGGGGUUACUCACUUACAUUCUCACAUACGGCCGGUCCCUUCAUCGGUGACUUGGCCAAUUUUGGUUUCCGCGAUGUCUUGGCCCGUCCCUCGGUAGGCUCGGCGCAUCUGCCCGAUAUGAUGUUCGCUGUUUAUCAAGGCAUGUUCUCAGCCUUGACUGUCGCUCUCGCUACUGGCGCCGUCGCCGAGAGAGGCCGAAUGCUCCCCUGCAUCAUCUUCAUCUUCGUGUGGGCCACUGUCGUCUAUGACCCCAUCGCCUGCUGGACCUGGAACCCUAAUGGCUGGUCUAACAAGAUGGGCGGCCUGGACUUUGCAGGAGGUACCCCUGUGCACAUCGCUUCUGGAAGCGCUGCCCUGGCCUACUCCAUGAUGUUGGGCAAGCGUAGUGGCCAUGGAACACAUGAGCUCAACUAUCGCCCUCACAAUGCUACUCAUAUCGUGACUGGAACUGUCUUCCUUUGGGUCGGAUGGUUUGGCUUCAAUGCUGGCUCUGCCCUUUCAGCUAACCUUCGUGGUGUUAUGGCAGCUGUUGUUACUAACCUGGCUGCUUGCGUCGGUGGAAUGACUUGGUGUCUUUUGGACUAUCGCCUUGAGAGAAAGUUCUCUACUGUUGGAUUUUGCUCCGGUGUUGUCGCGGGCCUAGUUUGCAUCACCCCAGGUUCUGGUUAUGUGCCUCCUUGGGCUGCUAUCAUCUUUGGUGCUGUUGGCGCUGCCGGUUCGAAUUACGCUACCAAGGUCAAGUUCCUUCUCGGAAUCGACGAUGCUCUCGAUAUCUUCGCCGUUCAUGGUGUUGGCGGUCUCAUUGGCAAUAUUUGCACCGCCUUCUUCGCCAGCCCGACUAUCGCUGCCCUCGACGGUUACUCUCACAUCAAGGGUGGAUGGGUUGAGCAUCACUGGGCUCAGAUGGGAUACCAGCUUGCCGACUCGAUCUGCGGAGGACUUUACUCCUUCACCGUUACAUGUCUCAUUCUGUUCCUCAUGAACCUCAUCCCUGGACUGCGCCUGCGCGUCGAUUCUGAGGCUGAGCUUCAGGGUAUCGACGACGCCGAAAUUGGAGAGUUCGCCUACGACUAUGUUGAGCUCACCCGAGAGGUUGUUAGCGACAUGGAUAAUGAAUCCGGAAGCCGAUACUCUGCUGAUCCUACAGCAUUUCACCACUACGAGAAGAACCAUAUCCCUAUGAUCGACGCUCGCAUGUUUGGUGGCCAACCCGCGCAUGCUCCAGUAGCAUUUCCCCAGUGA